AUGGCGUACGCACAUGCCAACGCCGCCAUGAUUGCAUCCACCAUCCCUCGCACCUUCGCCUUUUCUCUCCGACACCACCGCCACCGACACAUUCAUCAAGUAAGGAGGCCUUUGAGACUUGACUUUGUUGUGGUCAGUGCCCCCCUGAGCAGCACAAAUCAGCCUCGUCUUGAUGAUGAAGAGGAAGAAUUAAAGGAGGAGGAAAUCAAAUGA